AUGAAGCUCAUCAACCUCUCUGCGCUCGUUCUUUUUGCCAAUGGUGCUUUAGCAGCAGACUGUAUUGGCUCUAAGCAGUCUGGUGGUAUUAGUGAUAAGCAUCAGCAGGCGUACUGGGAAGCUCGUGAGAAAAUGUGUAGUAAUUCCGACUGCGCGCUCCAGCAGCCCUGCACAACAUAUGCUUCACGAACCGCAGGAUUCAUUUCCACGACGCUUAAUGUUGUGCUAAAACGCCAAAAUACUGCUUCAAAGCCUGGAUUUAAGGAUUGUUGGGAUGCCACUGAGAACAUCAUUCAACAGUGCAUGAGAAGCGGGUACCUGACUGGAACUUGGGAGGCCAACGGACAACUGUACCAGAUAACCGGGAACUACAAAGCUUAA